GCUCAUUGUAUUACUGAGUGGGGUUUGUCAAAUUCAAGCAAAUGCCCAUUCCGAAAGUGGUAUGGUUGUCUAGGUGAACUCAGAUCACUUAUUCCACAAGAAUGCAAAAUAAUGGUUCUAACAGCAACUGCAUCAAAACUUACUACAGAGAAAAUUUUGGAUGCAGUUAAUAUAUCUCGCGAUACAAUUAUGAUACAGCAGAGUCCAGAUAAAGUGAACAUUUCAUACACGAGACAAUACCUUGAUAAAAAUUACCCCAUUGAAAAGCAAUUUGGUGCACUUCUUGGAGAAUGUCAAAGGCUUGGAAUAAAUACACCCAGAACUAUAAUAUACUGUCAAACACGGAAACAAUGUGCAAUACUAUUUCGUUUGUUUGAAGUGUGUCUUGAAGAAAAACUUUAUCAUGGUAGCAAAGAUUAUCGAAAUCGUGUUGUUGACAUGUACCAUGCAGGCACACCAGAAUCUGUAAAGGAACAUGUUUCUGAGCAAAUGUCAAAUGAAAAUGGUGUGAUUCGUGUACUAAUAUCAUCAAUUGCUUUUGGGAUGGGUGUCAAUUGUAAGCAGGUAAGAAGAGUUGUGCAUUUUGGACCCUCCAAAAGUAUAGAAUCGUAUAUUCAAGAGUGUGGUCGAGCUGGUCGAGAUGGAGUUCAAAGCACAUGCAUGCUUCUAUAUAAUGGCCUACUCUCUGUGCACUGUGAUAAUGACAUGAAACAUUAUUUAAAUCACGAAGGAUGUUUGAGGGAAAAGCUAUUGAUUCAUUUUGGGUACAAGGUGGACCACAAAAACUUUCAGUUUCUGCACAACUGCUGUAGUAACUGCCAGCAAAGUUGUUUGUGUGGCACAUCCUCUUGCAGGAAACUUUGGAGUCCACAACUUGAGCAAGAAUGUGACCUUGAUUUAUAUACUACUGAUGAACAGGAGAAAAGCAAGUUGACAAGAGUUGUGACCAAGAAAGACAAAAAACUAUUGAAGGAAAAGCUUAUCAAUUAUCAGAGAGAGAUGCUAAAAGAAUACAACAUUAAAAAUAUGGUGACAUGUCCAAAUAUGUUACUAGAAUUUAACAUGUUUCAUAUUAAUCAAGUACUUGGUAGUUGCCAUUCUCUAUUUACUUUGAAUGAUGUUUUAAAAUCUGUUGAAAUAUGGCGACAUAAGUAUGCUGUUGAAAUCUUAAGAAUUAUACAGGAUAUUUUUGGUGACAUGGAAAUAGAAAUACCUGAUGAUUUAGAAGACUCAGAUGAAGAGGAAACUCUUACUACAGAAUGGGAGGCUUUGAGAAAUGAUUCAUCAUGUUUGGAAAUUGUAAAUAGCCAAGAUCUGGUUGCUAUUGAAUCCACCAUGGACACUGAUACUUCUUACAAUAAUAUUUCAAUAUGACUUUGUUGACAAUAUAUGUAUUUUGAACAGUUAUUAACAAUAUGAAUAUAAUUAUUUACAAAAUAUACAAGUAGCAAUUUUUUAAGAUCCCAAACCCAUUAAUUAAAAACUAAACAUUAUUU